AUGACUGAUAAGACACGCAAACAGGACAGAACUGCUGCUGCGUCUGCUGUGAGGUGUGACGUGUAUCCAGGUGUGACGUGUAUGUCCAGGUUUGACGUGUAUCCAGAUGUGACGUGUAUGUCCAGGUGUGACGUGUAUCCAGGUGUGACGUGUGUCCAGAGUAACCCUACUCUGGACUGCAACAUUCACGCGAGAUUCGGAGAGGUUCUCGACCACUGGCUCAACAUCGAAGAGGUGGCCCUGGUGCUGUACUCAGGGGGCUGGGACGUCAAGUUUGUCGUGCUGGAUGGCAGGGGCUCCAACUUCGUCAACUGGCUGUCUCCCGACCGAGUCCUCCGCUCCAGUUGGUCGGAUUUGAAAACGGAGGCAAAGAAUUUCUUCAGCAUCGUCGGUGACGCGGUGAACUACAGACAUUUUUUCCUCAACAGCAUUUACGGCGGCUGCGAUGUUGAUGAAGGCUGGUUGGUGACUGUGGAUCAGCCUCACCCGAACUGCGAGUGGGAGAGGAGCGAUGGAGGAGGAGGAGGAGAAUUUGAUCACAGUGUCCGUGAUUGA